AUAAAAGAAUUGAAAGUUGGUUGAAAGUAAAAAAAGAUUAUGUUAAUGGUAUUGGAGAUAGCAUAGAUGUUGUGCCAAUCGGUGCUUGGCAUGGUAAUGGAAGAAAAGCUAAAUGGUGGAGUCCAGUAUUACUCGCGAUUUAUAAUCCCGAAACAGAAACACUUGAAAGUGUUUGCAAGUGUAUGUCAGGAUUUAAUGAUCAAUUUUACAAGGAAAUGAAAUUAAAAUAUUCCAAAAAGAAUGGAACAAUAUUGACACAUAAAAAACCUUAUUAUGACGUGGCGGAAGGAUUAACACCAGAUGUUUGGUUUGAAGAUCAAGAAGUUUGGGAAGUAAAAGGAGCUGAUAUCACGAUUUCACCUAUUCACAAAGCAGCAUUUGGUAAAGUUGAUCCAAAUAAAGGCUUGUCAUUGAGAUUUCCAAGAUUUAUAAGGGUACGAGAAGACAAAUCAAUAGAUGAUGCUACUAAGAGUGAUCAAAUUUCGGAAAUGUUCUUUAAACAGGUUAAAGAACAAAAAUCUCACGAGAUUACAAAGAUUGAAGAUAUGGAAAUAAAUGGGAGUGAUGAAGAGGAAUUUGAAUCAGAUUCAUAA